CGAAAACCAACACGUCUAGCAAGCUUAGCCAGUGGUGAAACCACGACCCAACUGAAGCAAUCGUCCAACAGUCAACUGCCCAAAUAUCUUGGCAUCGAGUGUGCUCGAAGAAGUCGGGAAAACUAAACAAACGUGAUGAGGGAGGUGUCGCUGUCGGCUGCGCUGCACUGGAAUACUUAGUUUCACUCCCUAUAUCAAAGCGCUCUAACAAUCACUGCAGAAUUGCAAACAACCUCUGCUAGGCUACUCUUCCAGAGUACAUGAACCGAUCUUGGAUAGCCUGCCACAUAGUCCGUCCGAGCACACCGUCAUUUAAACACCCAGCCUGAAGGGUCAACGCGAAUCCAGAUUUCCAACGCGGGGCUUCAGCGGCCAGUGUAUCUUGCACUGACCAUACGAGCUUUGGUUCAAUCUGGGGCACAGCUUUUAAGAAACACAAGUAGAAUACGGAUAACAAGUGGGCUUCGAAGGGC